AUGAGAAAAAGAGCUUUCCAUAUUCUCGAAGAUGUAUACCAAAAUCGUGGAGUAAAAGAUGAAUUUACUCUUCUCGGUGAUGAAGUUGCAAUGCAGGUCAGAACUCUUACAUCAUCCUAUGCUCGCUCUACUGUGAAGUUCAAAAUACAAUCACUUCUGUAUGAAGCGAGAUUGGGGUAUUACGAUGAACCUCAAGUUCAUUAUCAAGGUUUUGAAAAUUCAACACCACAACAAGGUAUUCAAACAACAACUCAAUCAUCUCAACUGUACAACCAAAACUGGGAACAAGUUUUAAGAGCUGAUUCUCAAAAUGAAGAUGCAAGCACAAGCCAAAUUACAAAUCUUUAA